GAGCUGAUAUUUCAAGGAUGGAUGACAACUGAUUGGAUAACAUCAAAAAUUUUUUACAUACUCGCACUUAUUUACCAAAUAAUUCCGGCAGGAUUUCAAACGAUGCAAAACAUUGCAAACGACACUUAUAUGCUGGUAAGUCUGAAUCUAUUAAGAGCCCAUACUCACGUUCUUGGAAUGAGGGUUGCAAGAAUUGGAACCGAUAAGAAGAAGACUCCCGAAGAAAGCUUCUCUGAAUUGAAAAUGUGUGUGAACGAUCAUAGAGAAAUUUUAAGGUUGUUAGAAAUAAUCAAACCAGCUAUUUCUCAAACCGUUUUAACCCAAUUAUUAGCUACCGGAUCGAUCUUAUGCCUCACAGUUUUCUACUAUGUAACAUUCGAUAGAGGAGUAGGAAUACUCAUUAGCACUUUAUUCUACAUGUGUUGUCUUUUGUUUGUGUCAUUUCCGGUGUGCUAUUUUGGAAAUGCUUUUAUGAUGGAGACAGAUAACUUGACCACUUCUAUAUACAGCAACAAUUGGUUGGAAUUGCCAAUGAAAUUUAAGAAAUGCAUCAUAAUUUUUAUGCAGAAAUCACAAGAGUCAAAUGUUAUUUAUGCUGGAGGUCUAGUGUCAAUUACUUUGGAAACUUUUAUUGCAAUUAUUCGAUUAUCGUUUUCGAUGUUUACAUUUCUUGAUCAAGUUAAUCAGCAAGUUGUUAUUCAAACUCAAGGCAACUACACCAGACAAUUUUAA